AUGAGUAAUUUUACAACAUUUCGUUAAGAAUCCACUGUUUAGGAAAGAAAGUAAGUUACUCUUCCUUAGACUCAAUAUACCACAACCUACUUGAAAUCAGAGAGACCUGAUGCUUAUUAAUUUUGGCAUAAAAAAGGCAAACAAAAUUCGUACUAAAGCAAAGUGCUAUCUACACAUUAUCAAAUGUAAACAGCAUUCAAUCCUGGACAAUCAAUAUAACUUGGAGGUUGUGGAUCGAACAUAUAGUGCGGAUCAAAUGCUUAAUCUUGCUGUCCACCCUAAUAAUAGGCAGUAGUGAGAUUGGGAGUUGUGUCCAGAGAAGAAAUUGAGGCUCCAUGGAGAGAUGAAGUGUUGUAUUUAUAAAAAUUGAUUGCCGAAUUGGAAAAGAAAAAGACUGUAGAAGUUGUUAAGUAAAUGGACAAUACAAGAGUUCAUGAAUUGGAAGAUGAAAAUGAAAGGUUGAGAUUAUUGAUUCAGCAAACUCAAAGCGAAACAGUGACAUAAAGAAUUACUGAAGUCAACAAUGAAGCAGAAGUAUGGAAGAGAAAGUUUUAAGAAAUAAAUCAUGAUUACAAUGAAACUCAAGAGAAAUUAAUGAAUGCAGAAAUAGAAUUAGAGGCAUUGAAGAAACAGAAGAUUGUGACUUCAUCAACAACAGUCACCAAAUCAGUUGUGAAAACAUCGGGUUCAACUGUGAGAUAGUCUGUUUCAGGGAUAAAGCCACCUGUCUGAUGAAAGAAAACAUAAUAAUAAUAUUAGCAAUUAAUUUAAAAAAUUAGUAAAAUUAUUAUAA